UACAUUUCCCAGUCUCCGCUGUUCUGGCUGCGUCAGUACCUGCUGUCUGCAGCUGCCUGUGAGGGAGUGGAUGAGGGCUCCCCGCUGACGCCGCUCCACACAUUUUUCCUCCACUUUUUUCUUUUUCCUUUUCCAAGUGGUUUUUUACUCUCCGGAACCCAAGUGGACGGAUUUGUCGCAUUGACAAGGAUCAGGAAGCUGUGUUGGGUGUGGUUUGAGAAAGAAACAUGGCUUCCCAGGCUGAUCUGAUGGAACUGGACAUGGCCAUGGAGCCGGACCGCAAGGCGGCCGUCAGCCACUGGCAGCAGCAGUCCUACCUGGAUUCAGGGAUUCAUUCAGGGGCCACCACAACUGCUCCCUCCCUCAGCGGGAAAGGCAACCCAGAGGAGGACGACCUGGACAACAACCAGGUCCUGUAUGAGUGGGAGCAGGGCUUCAACCAGAACUUCUCCCAGGACCAAGUACAAGACAUAGACGGUCAGUACGCCAUGACGCGUGCUCAGCGGGUGCGUGCGGCCAUGUUCCCAGAGACUCUGGAGGAGGGCAUGCAGAUCCCGUCCACACAGUACGACGCUACAAACCCCACCAACGUCCAGAGGCUGGCGGAGCCAUCACAGAUGCUCAAACACGCUGUGGUCAAUCUGAUCAACUACCAAGAUGACGCCGAGCUCGCCACCAGAGCCAUACCGGAACUCACCAAGCUGCUCAACGAUGAGGACCAGGUGGUAGUUAACAAAGCAGCAGUGAUGGUCCACCAGCUUUCGAAGAAGGAAGCUUCUCGUCACGCCAUCAUGCGCUCCCCUCAGAUGGUCUCUGCGAUCGUCAGGACCAUGCAGAACACCAACGACAUGGAGACCGCCCGCUGCACGGCAGGAGCUCUGCACAACCUGUCCCAUCACAGAGAGGGGCUGCUGGCCAUCUUUAAGUCCGGAGGAAUACCGGCUCUAGUUAAAAUGCUCGGCUCGCCGGUGGAUUCCGUCCUGUUCUACGCAAUCACUACCCUCCACAACCUUCUGCUGCACCAAGAAGGAGCCAAGAUGGCCGUCCGCUUGGCCGGCGGUCUUCAGAAAAUGGUGGCUCUGCUCAGCAAAACCAAUGUUAAGUUCCUGGCCAUCACCACUGACUGUCUGCAGAUACUAGCCUAUGGAAACCAGGAAAGCAAGCUGAUUAUUCUGGCGAGUGGUGGCCCCCAAGCACUGGUCAACAUCAUGAGGACCUACACGUACGAGAAGCUCCUGUGGACCACAAGCCGCGUCCUUAAGGUUCUGUCGGUGUGCUCCAGUAACAAACCGGCCAUUGUUGAAGCUGGAGGUAUGCAGGCUCUGGGUCUCCACCUGACAGAUCCAAGCCAGAGACUGGUCCAGAAUUGUCUCUGGACCCUCAGGAACUUGUCAGAUGCCGCCACCAAACAGGAGGGCAUGGAAGGUCUUCUGGGAACUCUGGUUCAGCUGCUCGGCAGUGACGACAUCAAUGUGGUGACCUGUGCUGCUGGGAUCCUUUCUAAUCUGACCUGUAACAACUAUAAGAACAAAAUGAUGGUCUGCCAGGUUGGAGGCAUCGAGGCGUUGGUUCGCACUGUGCUGCGGGCCGGAGACAGAGAAGACAUCACAGAGCCAGCCAUAUGCGCCCUGCGCCAUCUCACGUCUCGACAUCAGGACGCCGAGAUGGCCCAGAAUGCCGUGCGGCUGCACUACGGCCUGCCUGUGGUCGUCAAGUUACUGCAUCCACCAUCACACUGGCCCCUCAUCAAGGCUACAGUUGGUCUGAUCCGUAACCUAGCCCUGUGCCCCGCCAACCACUCCCCCCUGAGGGAGCAGGGCGCCAUCCCCAGACUGGUCCAGCUGCUGGUCAGAGCCCACCAGGACACGCAGAGACGCACCAGCAUGGGAGGCACACAGCAGCAGUUUGUGGAGGGAGUCCGUAUGGAGGAGAUCGUGGAGGGCUGCACAGGAGCACUUCAUAUCCUGGCCAGAGAUCUCCAUAACAGAGUGGUCAUCAGAGGCCUCAACACCAUCCCACUCUUUGUACAGCUGUUGUACUCUCCCAUUGAGAACAUCCAGCGCGUAGCAGCAGGCGUCCUCUGUGAGCUGGCCCAGGACAAAGAGGUGGCCGAGGCCAUCGAGGCCGAGGGAGCCAGCGCUCCGCUCACGGAGCUGCUGCACAGCCGCAACGAAGGAGUUGCAACAUACGCAGCAGCAGUUCUGUUCCGCAUGUCGGAGGACAAACCUCAAGACUACAAGAAGCGCCUGUCUGUGGAGCUGACCAGCUCUCUGUUCAGGACAGAAGCAAUGUCCUGGAAUGAGACUGGAGACCUGGGUUUGGACAUCGGAGCACAGGGAGAGCCUCUGGGCUACAGACAAGAUGACCCAAACUACCGUCCCUUCCACUCUGGGGGCUACGCAGGGGACGCCAUGGGCAUGGAGCCCAUGAUGGACCAUGAUCUGGGUGGAGGGCACCACCCAGGCCAGGACUACCCACCCGUAGAAGGGCUGCCCGACCUGGGCCACGCCCCAGAGCUGAUAGAGGGCCUUCCACCCGGCGACUCAAACCAACUGGCCUGGUUUGAUACCGACCUGUAAAUACCAAGACCACCAUUACACUACACUUUCUACUAGCUGUAUCAUGUGAUCUGGAUGAACCUGCAUCGUGAUUCGCCCAUAUGGAGGAGGCGGGGUCUCAGAAAGUGCCUGAAGAUGACUGAACAACAGCAAGCAGUUUCCUGUCUACAGGAGCUCCAUUGGGACAAAGUAGUUUUUUUUGUUGUUUUUUUUUUAGUGCAGUUCGGUUCUGGUCUCUCGGCUUCAUCAAAGGCCGACUUCAAUCCUGACACGAAACACAGAUUUUGAUCUCAAUGAGCUUUUUUUUUUGUUUUCUUUUUUGCUUUUUUCCAACAAGUUUUUUUUUUAAUGUAUUUUGAUUUUUUCAUUUUUAAUACUUUGGGUUGUUUUACUUUUUUAUUCUGUUUUAAGUCUGUAAUGGUACAAACUGAACUUGGCUUGCUUUUUCAUUUUUCUGCAUUAUGAUACUCAUCGUUUUUUUUGUUUUUUUUUCUAGUCCCUUGUAUUUUAAGUCUAAGUGUUUUUUGUUUUUCUUUUCAAGUGGUGAUGCUCCAUCCAAAAGAACUGGAUGAGAUUUUAAAUGGUGUCCAAACACUAAAGGUAAUCAGUUGAAUUGUAUUCUAAUGAUCAAGUGUAACAUUGUGUAGCUUUUGUACAAAAAAAAAAACAAAAACAAAAAAACAUGAAUUGGAAAUCAUGGUCCAAAUAUCGAGCUAUUUUCUUGCUUUAAAGGAGGACACCGACGUGUCCCAGCUGUUCCAAAGGGGGGUUAGCUGACCGAGCUGGGUGGGCGUGUCUGUAAGGACAGGGGUGGAGACGUGCUCCUAUUGGUCUGCUGUUACUAAGGGGUGAAGUAGUGAGGCGCUGGUUGCUUGUAGCCUGCUGUGUUCUGAAACAAUAAAACGGACUGUCAUUUCA